GAGAGCGAAGGAGCGAGCCAGAGGGAGUGAUACAGAAAGAGAGAGAGAGAGAGAGAGAGAGAGCAAAAGGGAGGGGAGUUUAAACUAAGUGCUAUGUUUUGGGACAGGCUAAUCUGCUAGCGAGCAGUGUGAGGAUCGGAGCGUAUUGUGUGAGCCAGUGUGCGGGGGACAGAUAAGGGAGCCAGCCAGCCCGCCAGCCCGACCCACCGACCCACCGACUGCCUGACUGCCUGUUUUAAUGUGCUGACUCUGGGGAGAUUUAAAAAAAAAAAAAAAAAAAAAACAGCAGCGUAUUGACUCCUUAGACGUGUGCGGAGACCCUGGGCACAAACACCACCACUACAGCCACAGCCGAGCAGAGGUGCAUCAACAGACAGGGGGGAAGAAAGAAAAAAAAAAAAGAUAGAGCGCUGCAAAAUCACAACUCCAAAAAUCUGAAAAUUAAAGAGGAUUUUUUUAUCCCCCUCUUUUUUCCCAAUUGAUUUCAUUUUUUCUUUCUUUUUUCUUUUUUGUGUUUUCCGGGACUGACUCCCAGCUGUACAGAAGAAGAAAAAGCGGAGCAAAGAACUGAAGAGAAUCUGAAAUAUAUAUAAAAGAAGGACUGAACGAAAAAAAAAAAGCACCGAACCUGAACAUGUUCGAAAUAAGCCGAACACUCAACGCCGCUUUGUUGAGCAAUGAGAUCAUCAGUAACAUGGAGGCUCCAGUGACAAACGGCCCCAGCGGAGGAGGCACCACAGCCAACGGGCCGACCACCAACAGCCGCGGCUGCCCCUCGCCCAUGCAGACUGGCCCAACAAAUGACGACAGCAAGACCAACCUCAUUGUCAACUACCUGCCCCAAAACAUGACCCAGGAGGAGUUCCGCAGCCUGUUUGGUAGCAUCGGCGAGAUUGAGUCCUGCAAGCUGGUUCGCGACAAGAUCACAGGACAGAGUCUGGGCUACGGCUUUGUCAACUACAUUGAUCCAAAGGACGCAGAGAAAGCCAUCAACACGUUAAAUGGACUCAGACUUCAGACCAAAACGAUCAAGGUGUCAUAUGCACGACCCAGCUCAGCCUCCAUCCGUGACGCCAACCUGUAUGUGAGCGGCCUGCCCAAGACUAUGACUCAGAAGGAGCUGGAGCAGCUCUUCUCCCAGUACGGACGCAUCAUCACCUCCCGCAUCCUCGUCGACCAGGUCACAGGUGGCUCCCGAGGUGUGGGCUUCAUCCGCUUUGAUAAGAGGAUAGAGGCUGAGGAGGCCAUCAAGGGCCUGAAUGGACAGAAGCCAUCAGGUGCUGCUGAGCCAAUCACGGUCAAGUUCGCCAACAACCCCAGCCAGAAGACCAGCCAAGCCCUUCUGUCACAACUCUACCAGUCCCCCAAUCGCCGAUACCCGGGCCCCCUCCACCACCAGGCUCAGAGGUUCAGGCUGGACAAUUUGCUUAAUAUGGCCUAUGGCGUAAAGAGGUUCUCCCCCAUCACCAUUGACAGCAUGACUAGCCUGGUCGGCAUGAACAUCCCCGGGCACACGGGCACCGGGUGGUGCAUCUUCGUGUACAACCUGUCCCCAGAUUCAGAUGAGAGCGUGCUCUGGCAGCUGUUUGGGCCCUUUGGUGCGGUCAACAAUGUCAAGGUGAUCCGUGACUUCAACACCAACAAGUGCAAAGGCUUCGGCUUCGUCACCAUGACGAAUUACGACGAGGCGGCCAUGGCCAUCGCCAGUCUCAAUGGCUACAGGUUGGGCGACCGCGUCUUGCAAGUCUCCUUCAAGACUAACAAGACACACAAGUCCUGAACUUUGACAGGUAGAAGCAGUUGCCCCGCGACUUUGUCUGCUCCCAAAUUGCCCCCAACCUUUCCCCCCACCUCCACCCGUCCCUUAGCCCCUUCAGUCACUACCACUACCACCCUACUACAGCCAUCCAACACAGCAAACUCCAACCGGAACACAAAGCAACCGACAAACCAUCAAACAAAUUGAACUAGAAAUGGCUUAUAUUAUAACUUUGGACCUAUAAGCCAAUGUUGCCUAAGUAUUACAAAAAUGAAAUGAUGAAAAUGUUCAUGAGUUUUGGAAGCUCCUGUGAUAAUGCAGGCUUCUCUUUGUUGUAUAUUCUUUCUGUUUGUUGUGGUUGUUAAAAUGAUUUUUCUCUUCUGUGUAAACAGUAGCAAAUCCCUGUAUCCCCUUAUUUCAGAGAAGAGAAUGUCCUUUUUAGAUUGAAACCUUUUCUCUGUCUUGAUUCAGGAUUUGUUUUUCUUUUGUAAAUCCGGAUCCACUGUCGUUAGUAUUAUAUAUACCUCCCUGUCGGUGAAAGGGAGGGGGCUCUUUUUUAAAUUGGUGAACCAUUCAUUCAUUUUUAGUGUGUAUCAAAAACUUCCCCUUAUCGAUUAUAGAUGGGAUUCCACAGUCCCAGUAACUCUAAUGUAGACAAAAAAAAAAAAAAAGAAUUUCUAACAUUGUUUUUGUUUUGUAUCGCAAACAAAACAUAAUGUCUUUCCUCACAGGGGUUCAGGGAGAUGGGGCGAGGGAGGGGAUGGGUUAGCUUUCCUGAUGACACGUUCAGUAAUUUAAGAAAAAAAAAAAUAACACUGUUGCCAAAGAGAAGAUCUCUUUGCUUGAAAAAAAUGCGUUUAGAAAAAGAUAAAAAUAAAGAGAAAGAAGAUCUAUUUUUAUAAAUGAUAAUUAAAAUAAUAAUUAUUGAAGAAUUUUUACAAGAAUCUGGAUUUGAAAAAAGAGAAAAAUAUUUUGACUGGCUAACUAGGGGGGGCCGGGGCGGGAGGGAGGGGGCACCACCUUGUCUUGUCGUUCUGCCGUGGUACUUUAUAGGAUCAAAGGUUGUUUGUUUUUUGGGGACUCCAAGUUGGCAGGUUUUGUAGAUGGAAGGGAUGCAAACUGAGGCAGGUGAUUUUGGUAAUUUUUCACAUAUGUACUAGUGCGUAAUUAUUCAACAGCGAUACCCAAAAGGGAAGGGAGAGGGGUCUUUCCAAGGCCUAACCAUCCUUAUAGUCCAGAGCCCAAAGCAAGAAGACCCUUUGUCCACUUGUUUUCCUGUUUUUGUCAUCAGUCAAUAUGGGAUAUCAGUAAAUAGAUAUAUACACAUCUAUCCAUUUAGAGAGCAUACUAUACAUUAUCUAUAUCAUUUUCUUCGCUCUGCGUUUGUGAACUUACAUUUGAAAAGAACUUCCUUUUAGCGAUCAACAGUAGGUGCUAUACUACAUUAUUCACAUAUCUUAAAUAUCCAAGUUUGUUGUUCUAUGUGUUGUUUAAAGAAAAAAAAUACUUCGAUGUUGGCAUUGAAUUGAGCUGCUGUUCUUUGUUUAAUAUUUGUUUAUUGUUGGCCCAAAAAAUCUGGUGAGACUAUUUCUUUGCUGAACAACCAGAUAAACGAAAUUUGGGCCUUGUAAGAAUCACUGAACAAAUCUUUAUUUUGUAUCUUUUUUGUUUGGCUUGCUGACUUUUAGGUUACUUGCUGAGCGUGAAACGUUUGUCAAAACUAAAUGAUGAUUAGCUAGUUCCGUUAGUCUAGAUAUUUGUUUCCUUAAAAAGGAUCUAUGACAACUGUGUCUUUAUUUGCUGUGUACAAAUAGAUGAUAUAUAUAUACAUAUAUAGUCUACAUUUGUUUUACAAUAUCUACUGUACUAUAUGAGUUGUCACUGUUCUUUUGUUUGAGCUUGUCUUUUUCAUAUGACAACUUAUUAUGAAGUGGUGGUUCAGUUACUUAGAAAAACUUGUGAGGAAACUGUUCAAUUGUUGUCAUGUUGCUUGUGGAGAAAAAAAAAAGAUUUGGAUUAACUUUAAGUUAGCUACCGCGGCAAAAGAAACCGAACAAAAGCUUAGAAUAUAACUGUAUUUGUUUAUCAGUUGAUUUACUUCUCUAUUUUUUAAACUAUUUAUUUUUCUAUUUAUUUGUAUUUAUUAUAUAUUUAUUAAUUGAUUAAUUUAUCUGUGUAUUUAUGUAUUUAUUUGUUUCAUUGUCUGUGUAUUUGCGUGAUUCUGGUACAGGGAGGGGGCGUUUCUGAGCAAAAGGGAACAAAGCGACUAGUGGAGAGGCUCUUCCAGUAGUCCACUGCACUGAGAGAACUUUUAGUACGUUUGUGCUUUGUACCAAUAUAUCAAAAUUACAAUAUAAAAAAAUCUAAAAGUCAAGAAAACUGAAAAAAAUGUCUGGAGGGUUGGGGGACGCUCUUCCCUUAUUACUAGAAACAGUUACUCGCUAUGCAUAACCUAGUUAAUAGUUAAAUUUGCUAUUGCUUUUUUCUUGUCUUGUUAAAAUGAAAUCUUUAGAUCUUUUUCAAUAAAGUUUAGUCUUAAUAGAAUGUUAUAAACAGUCGUUCUGGUUCAAUAUAACCUGUGAUAAGUUUGUGUAGUUCUAAAAAGCCACUCCGUCCACACCCUCCCUCCACUUACUACCGCUUUGUGAUGAAACCUUAUGCAAAAAUGUGGGUCUGAAAGCAUAGUUUUCAGUUUUCAGUGAGACAUUUUAUAUAACAUUCAGCUCUUGGAGGCUUGGGCAGAUACAUUUUAAAAGGAGCAAAUGCCCAUUGUUGUUUGAGGGUCAUUCAUUGCACUGGACUAAAUCGGUCAAAAUCACUUAAGAGUCAAGACUUAUUUUUAAAAAGAUUCAUCAUGUUUUCAAAUGACAUACCAACAAAUCUUUAAAAAUGAGAAAUUGUUACCAUUGCACACCAACUGUUAUUUACAGCAGUUGUUGCUAUACUUAAGAAGUACUCUGGAGGCAUGAAAAGGGAUUGUACCGAUUCUAUAUUUUAUAUACUCUAAUAUGAUAUAUAUUAUAUAUUUUGAAAGGUGAAAGGUAAGGGAAUGGUUCCAGAAGUAUAAAUAUACGGAAUUGGAUUUUUUUGUUUGUUGUUAAGACUUGAAAACAUGAAGGAGGUGUGUGGAGAGCAUUUCAAACACUCAGACGCAUGCUCGCAUAACUCCAUCCUUCUCUCUCACACCUCAGUCAUCUGACAGGCCGGGUCAUCCUAUAUCGUCAUUUAUAUCCAGUCAUCAUCAA